GUACAGUGUAUACGGGGUUCAGGGCGUUGUAUACCAGGGCUAAUACAAAAUAUACGUUAACUGACAGGCAUUGCGAACACACUGUACGCACAGCCCAUUGAAACGCAUAGCGCAGGCAUACAAGUCGGCCAUUGCUAUACCCAUUGUUAACAAUCACAAGUUGUGAUUCACAACACGUUUCCCACAAUCGCAGCACUACUUCGCGACCUAAAUCAAGUUCGGGUGUUGUGUAUAUCACGUGACUAACACAACUAGUGUGACCAACAAGAAUGUCUGGCCGGUACCGGGACUGGAAUCUGGACGCCAAGGUAUACGUCGGGAAUUUGCAGGAAAACGCCAUCAAAUCGGACGUGGAGUCGGCGUUCGGCAAAUACGGGCCGCUGAAGAACGUAUGGGUCGCCCGAAACCCCCCGGGCUUUGCAUUCGUUGAGUUCGAGGACGCCAGGGAUGCCGAGGACGCCGUCAGGGGUCUCGAUGGCACUCGUAUCGGUGGCGCCCGAGUGAGGGUCGAGAUGUCUCACGGAAGGACCCGUCGGGGCGGCGGCGGUGGUGGCGGAGGAGGAGGAGGUGGUGGCGGCGGUGGCGGUAGACGUCGCGACGGUGGCGGUGGUGGUCGGGAGUCGAGCGGUGGUAGACGUGAGUAUUCCCGCGGACGCCGUUCCCGCAGUGGUUCCCGGAGCCGUUCCCGAUCUCGGUAAUUAUCAUAGUGGUUUUGUUUCAUUCUGUUUGGUGGACUUUUUAAUGAUUUAAAUAUCAUGUUAUUUAUAACGUAUGGCCAGAACUGUGUGUUAGUAUUGUUUUGCUGUGAUUAUCAAUUAGGACAGGGAUUACUAUACCGUAUACACAGACAGCCAGUACUGUGUUGUGCAGCCAUUAUCUCUGG